AUGUAUUAUAAACAAAUGUUUGGUCAGUGUGGGAAUCAGGUGGGCUGCCGCUUCUGGGACCUGGCACUCAGAGAACAUGCGCACGUCAAUCAAAUGGGUGUUUACGAUGAGGCGCUGAGCAGCUUCUUUAGAAAUGUUGACCAAAGAGGAGCAGACUCCACAGGGGGCAAGAUCACCGCUCUGAAGGCCAGGGCUGUGUUAGUGGACAUGGAGGAGGGAGUCCUAGGAGAGAUUCUGCAGGGACCGUUGCGCUCUCUCUUCAGCAGCACACAACUCAUAAGUGAUGUCUCUGGUUCAGGGAACAACUGGGCGGUCGGGCAUCACACAUAUGGCUUGGCCUACAGAGAGCAGAUUGUGGAUCAGGUCCGCAAGGCUGCAGAACACUGUGAUUGCCUUCAGUGCUUCUUCCUAAUUCAUUCUAUGGGAGGAGGUACUGGUUCGGGGUUAGGCACAUUUGUGUUGAAGCUUCUAGAAGACGAGUUCCCAGAGGUGUAUCGGAUAGUGACCUCUGUUUACCCUACAGCAGAAGAUGAUGUCAUCACCUCUCCUUACAACAGCGUCCUAGCCAUGAAAGAACUCACAGAACACGCAGACUGUGUCUUGCCGGUCGAUAACCAGUCUCUGGUGGAUAUUGUUGGUAAGAUACAGCAUAUGUCCAACACUGGCAAACCAGGCUGUACCAUUAAGAAGGACUGUACCAUCAUAUCAGGACAAGGAGGGGUGGUGAAGGUUGAGAAACCUUUUGAUGCCAUGAACAACAUUGUGGCCAAUCUACUUCUUAAUAUUACCAGUUCAGCACGGUUUGAGGGCUCUCUCAACAUGGAUCUGAAUGAGAUAGCCAUGAACUUGGUUCCAUUCCCACGGUUACACUAUCUUGUGUCCAGUCUAACUCCUCUAUACACACUUGCUGAUGUCAACGUACCACCACGCAGACUGGAUCAAAUGUUCUCAGACGCAUUCAGUAAGGAGCAUCAGCUAAUCAGAGCCGACCCCAAACACAACCUGUAUCUGGCCUGUGCUCUUAUGCUGCGUGGAGAUGUUCAGUUGUCAGAUCUGCGUCGAAAUAUUGAGAGGUUAAAACCCACCCUUCCAUUUGUCCCAUGGAAUCAGGAAGGAUGGAAGACUAGUCUGUGUUCAGUCCCUCCUGUGUGUCACUCACAUUCUCUGUUGGCCUUAGCAAACAACACUUGCGUGAAAUCCACAUUCUUUGACCUAAGAGAGCGUUUUGUGAAGCUGUACCGUAGAAAGGCUCACUUGCAUCACUAUCUAGCAGUUGACGGCAUGGAGUUGGCUGGAUUCAGUGAGGCACUGUCAUCUAUCUCAGCUUUAAUUGAAGAAUACACACACCUGGAAAGCCCUCUCAUGCCCAACGCACCCAGGCUCACCAUUGCAACCUGAACUGUGUGUAUAGACAAAGUGAUAAAUCACUUCUACAUGUACUUAAAAUGAAUCUUUAAUAUGUUUGGACCAUUGUAAAAUGUCUCUUUCUUUUUUUUUUUUUUUUUUUUUUUUUUUUUUAACGGUAGUUGUAUUUUUGCUUUAAUUUAUCCCUUUAAAAUCAGUUGGUACAGGGCAUCUCAGAAGCAUAAUUGUCCAGCUCUUGCCUAAGACUCACUGCUCUCAAUGAAAAACACCUAAACACCUUUUUUUCUGGUGCCUGCAGAUAAAUGUAAUAAUUGUAACAAGCUUGCACACUGUUUUUGUUGCAACUGACGUGUUGGGAGUUCAAUACUCAGGAGUCGCCUUUUUUCUAAUUCACCGUGUAUUUUGAAUAAUUUAUUUGCAUUAAUUUGCAUUCAAUUUUUUGCACUCUUUCUAUAGUGAAUGUGUCCUGUACUGUGUGCAUCUGAGUGUGUGUAUGCUGAUAGAGUGAACGUGUCCUGUGUAUGGGCACUCUUAAAUGUAGGUGAAAUCUGUCUUAAUUAUAAUAAUUUUUGUAAAAAAAAAAAAAAGUUCUGAAUUUGACUUAAGCAAAAAGUCAUGUCACUUUGCUGAAUCAAUGUCAGCACUGAUUCAAUCAAUAUGAUUACUACUGCAGACAUUACAUGCACUCAGAAGUGACAAUGUAGUUGUAAUAUGUAUUAUAUGUAGCUAGUGUUAUGUUGUAAUGUUUACAGAAAAGAGAUUUUAAAAACUGAAUCAGAAACAACACAAUAUAUUCAUUAAACAGCUUACUUUUUGAGAUUUA